AUGUCCGCCGAAGAUUCAGUAGUAAACGGCAAGGCGCCCGCUCAGCCCGGUAGCCACCAUGACCGUGGACACUCCGGUCUUGUCAGUGUCCAACCUGCGCGCUUGGCCGAUCUGCAGCCGAAGUAUGCGCAGAAGCUUGACCACGAUGCUGAAAACCCAGAGGCUCAUGGGUGGUAUGCAGGCCUCAUUCAUGGCCUUGGCGAAUUCAUUGGAUUCCUCGGUGCUAUCCCCUGCUGCGUCUGCUGCCCGAACCCCUAUAAGCCUGUGGCUCAAGGUGAAGUUGGUCUCGUGUCAAAGUUUGGACGCUUCGAACGUGCAGUCGACCCUGGUCUUGUUAAAGUGAACCCUCUGAGUGAGCACUUAACCGCAGUCGAUGUGAAGAUCCAGAUCGUCGAGGUGCCUCGUCAGGUCUGUAUGACCAAGGACAAUGUUACUUUGAACCUGACAUCUGUCAUCUACUACCAAAUCAUCUCGCCCCACAAAGCCGCCUUCGGUAUCAGCAAUGUACGACAGGCGCUUGUCGAGCGCACCCAGACCACUUUGCGCCAUGUCAUCGGAGCGAGAGUCCUGCAAGAUGUGAUUGAACGCCGUGAGGAGAUCGCCCAGUCCACCUCGGAGAUCAUCGAAGACGUAGCAGCUGGGUGGGGUGUGCAGGUCGAGUCCAUGCUUAUCAAGGAUAUUAUUUUCAGCGACGAUCUGCAGGACUCGCUUUCCAUGGCGGCCCAGUCUAAGCGAAUUGGUGAGAGUAAGGUCAUUGCCGCUCGCGCCGAAGUUGAAUCGGCCAAGUUGAUGCGUCAGGCCGCUGAUAUUCUUUCCUCUGCUCCCGCUAUGCAAAUCCGGUACCUCGAGGCAAUGCAAGCAAUGGCCAAGACAGCAAACAGCAAAGUCAUAUUCUUGCCCGCCAUGAACCAAUCUGUGCAACAACAACUUGCCGCUGCUGACAAUGCCGGCGAGGGACCUAGCCGCUAUGGAACCGGCAAUGUAGAUGACGGUUUUCAGCGCGCUAUGAACGCACGAGUGGUCGAGGAUAUUUGA